AUGUCUGAUCCGUUUUUUGCUUCGGCAUCCAAGAAGAGGAAGAGAGACCCGAAGACAGAUACCCGUUCGCAUUCCAGGAACGGUAAAUCAAGGGUUAUGGAUCAACAUAAGAACAAGGCCCCAGCAGUUUCUAGAAGACAAGACGAAGAUGACGACGAAAUCACAGACAGUAGUGGCAGCGAGAGCGGAGAUGUUGAUUUGAACUCGGAGACUGAAUUUGAAGCUGACAGUGCAAGUAGCGAAGAGGAAGACCUCAACGAGUCUGCCGCAGACAAAAGGCGAAGACUGGCCAAGCAAUAUCUGGAAAAUUUGCAGAACGAAGCCGGUGAAUACGACUUCGAUGCCAAAGACAUAGAUGAGGACAUCAUUGCCUCAAGGCUCAAGACAGACGUGGCGGAAGAGAAGGGUUACGUUUACCGGUUCAUUGGAGAACAUAUGCUGUUUGAAUCGGCCCCUCAGAUCACCAGGGUCCAGAACAUUGGGCUGAACGGGCUCUCGGUGAGAUACCCAAAUGCAUACACAGUAAGUAAAGACAUGGAACUGACGAAAUGGGAUAUUUCCGGUUUCCAGAAGAAGCCAAGGAAGGUAAAGUACACCAAAGGAGGAGCCCGGUUUGCAGAGGUUUCCAAAGAGCAUAGUGAAAACGGGCACUGUGACGAAAUUUUUUCGGUAGCAGCUAGUCCUGAUGGGAAGUACGUGGCCACUGGAGGAAAGGACCGCAGAAUUAUAAUAUGGAGUACGGAAAGUCUGGCUCCAUUGAGGGCCUUGGUGACCAAUGUGAAGAGAGGAGAAGUCAUGGGUCUGGCGUUCAGGCGGAACACAGACCAAUUGUACGCAGCAUGCUCAGACCUCAAGAUCAGAACUUACAGUGUUGGCCAGAUGGCCCAGCUGGAGACUUUGUAUGGUCAUCAGGAUUGCGUGAUUGACAUUGCUGCUUUGGGGCAGGAGAGAUGUGUGACCGUAGGGUCCAGAGAUAAGACUGCCAUGUUAUGGAAGAUUGCCGAUGAGACAAGACUCACGUUUAGGGGAGGUGACUCUCUGGAGAAGGUCCAAAACGAUUUCCGCAGAAGGAAACUUGCGUUUGAUGAGUCUAAGUUCUUCGCAGAGGGAAGCAUCGAUUGUGUCUCCAUGAUCGAUGAUUCUCAUUUUGUCACGGGCUCCGAUAACGGCAACAUCGCUCUUUGGUCUACGGGCAAGAAGAAGCCCAUCUGGAUCGAGCGCCAGGCGCAUGGGCUCGAACCUACUCUUCCUGCUUCGCGUGCUUCAGGAGAGGCCGAUGUUGAAGCGUCUGAGCUCCAGGUACCAAAGAGCCAACCUUACUGGAUCACCGCAAUUCACGCGAUCCCAUUCUCGGACGUAUUUUUCACAGGAUCUUGGAAUGGAACCAUCAAGGUAUGGAAGCUGAGCGAAGAUUUAAGAGGAUUUGCAUUGCUCGCUGAGUUGAACAAUGCCAGAGGUGUAGUGACCUCUAUCGACGUUGCUGAAGCCAAGAAACUAGAACAGGGCAGGCUAAAGCUCAUAGCCACGCUUUCUAAGGAGCACAAGCUUGGAAGAUGGAUCAGAAAAGGCGAGGGAUUUAGAAACGCAUUGUACUCUGUUGUUAUAGACGUUCAAGUGGCGAAGAGGUGA